CUUGAUUCGUUUCCUGUUGGACCGGACGUACCAGUUUGUCAACUGGUCGAUGAAUUUCACCAGUCGAGGAACCACAGUAGUACAGCCUGUACUCUGGACACAAGCGUUUAUUGAAGAUGUAGUCGUGACGACGUACCCAGUAAGGUACGGCAUGAACUCACUGGCCAUCUCUUCCUUCAUGAAGAAGACGAGGCUCUGGGUGAAGGAGAUGAUCCAUCGGUCCAUGGUGUUGGCAGGAGAGAAAUCAGCAGUGUGGACAAAUGAUAUCCCUUCUUCCUGUGUGUGG